GGGGGCGUAGGUAGCCACGUAGAAGGAUGGGUUUUGUCUAGUGUUGUGGGGGGCGUGAUAAAUAAGUGCAAUCUUUUAACUGAGUAUGAUGUGUAAACAUUUUCCAUCACAGUGGAAAGCAUGACAGAGUUCCCAGUCUCAAAAUUAUGGACAAAUUUAACCUCAGUGUAUAUGUGGAACAACUAAAUCAUGAAGCUGACAGCACCAUUGUAGAUAAGUGGGAAGAAAACCAAGAACUGGCGUUGAAUAUUGUUAUAGACCCAAACACAGAAUUCAAGUCUGCAGUGUCUGAGAAAAGUGCAGCUUCUCAUAAUCCUUCACACAGCUAUGGUUUAGAUAUAGAAUCAACAGAUUUGGUGGAAGGGAAGGUGGUAACAGAACAACAGCCUACAGAGCAAAAGAAUUUGGUGGCAGAAUUGAUUCAACAACUUCAGUUUGAUUGCCUGAGCAGAGAACUUGAGGAGACUUUGGAAGGUUUCAAAAUUCGACAGAAAAGAAAUAUAUCAGAUUCUUCACAUGUUGCAAAAGUGCAUGUUUACUCUUCAACUCACUUGCCAACACAAGAAGAAAAGACUCACCAUGAAGUGGAUAAUUCCGUUCUCAUGAUGCUCAAUACCGAGACUUCUGUUAAAGCUGAACCUGUUAAGUUACUGAAAUAUCCAUCAGACAGGAUUACUGUGGUAACAGAAAAAUGUUCAUACCCAGUAAAGUCACCAGAUUCUGGCCGUAGACCAAAGGCCCUAACAGGCAAAGACAACAUACUUCCUGUGGCCCCAGGCAGUUAUCUGAGUGCAGGAUUGAGCCACGAAUCCAUCGUCACAGCAAGCAUAGCUUCAGAUCAUGUUCCUUGUAAAAGCAACUUAACUUCAACCCAGAGCCCUAGCAGUAUGGUUAGCGAGUUGAAUUGCAGACUUGACCACCCGGUGACAGUGGCUGAUCAAUUGGCCUGGGAGUUCAGGAGGGCCAGGGAUAGGUUGGACACUGCAUCCAAUAUCUCUGGAUGUUCUCGUUUUGAGUUAGAUUCCAGUUAUUCAGAAAAAGCUGAAACAAUGUCAACUAUCUCAGAUGUUAGUGGGUAUGAAGAAGAAAUGUUUCGUAUCAAGAGACUACUGCUUCUAGAUUCUGCAGCAACACCAACACCAUCUUCAGGGGAAUAUGAGAAAAGGAAAGAUCAGAAGUCUUUCCCUGUCAUGCUUAGGACUGAGACAUUGCUAACUAAAGAGAAUGCUGAUAUGCAGAUCCACAGGCUUACUAUUCAGCUUCAGAAUGCCCAGGAGGAAAAAGAGAAAUACAGAAUUGAAGCAUUAGAAGCAGAAACCAAAGUAGCUUUAGAGUGGCAAGAAAAAUAUCAAGAGGCUCUUCGACAGAAAGCUCACCUGGAAGGACGUCUUGAGACAGUUCAGGCUGAAAUGACAACAUUGGUUUCAGGGCAGAAUGAGGUUUUGGGUCGUGCACAAACUCGCGAACAGGAGCUGAAAUUGAAGACUGCUGCAGACAGCAAGGCAGCUUUACAGGAGAUUGAGAAAUUGGCCCUGGAGAUAAACAGAUUGCAACAAACAGUUCGGGAGGGAGACAGUCGGAGUCAAGAUCUGGCUUUGCAGUUAGAACUUAGAGAUUCAGAGAUCACUCAGUUGAAGGGAGCUGUGCAAGCUACAGAGGAUGCCAACGAGAAACUGAGAAUUGAAUUGCAAGAGUUGAAAAUAGAAGCUGAAUCUAAAGAUGAAUCAAUCCAGAACCUUGAAAGUAAGAUUUCAGACCAGCACGUAGAGUGUCAGUCUCUUCUUCAAGCUAAACUUAAGGCAGAGAAUAACCUGACUAGCUUGAAGAAUGAAAUAGAAAUGACAAGGAAGUCUGGAUACUGGUACAGGGAUCAGCUGCAUGCAUGUCAAGCAACCAGAAUGAAAGUGCAGCAAGAGCUCAUGGCAAGCCAAGCUGAAGUUGUGUCUCACAGUUGUCAGAAUGAAAGAAUGAAAGGAGAGAUUGCAAAAUUGCAUCAGGCAGUUGAGACAACACAGUACAGGGCUGUGCGAGAGAAAGAGGCACUAAUGCGAAAACUGGAAGUCAUACAAGCUGACAUGCUGGAGCGAGAGGCUACCAUCUUUAGUCAGAUUCAUAAUGAAUCCACUGUGGACACAGUCAACAAUAUUGCAGCAAAGUUAAAGAUGGCAGAGGAAGAGAAGGCCAGACUGUUAAGUUUAUCAGACACAGCAGUUCAAGAACUUAAGGAAGAAGUUGCACAUCUGAAAAAUGAAAUGCAAACAAAAGAAACAGCUUUAGAUGCUGCAGGAACAGAAAAUGCACAGCUGAUGACAAGGAUGACAAUGUUACAGAAAACACUGAAUGAAAAGGAGUUGGCAUUGCAGCUUCUUGAGAACAAAUAUAAAAAUAUUGAAAUGUCAUAUAAUCAUCUUGUAGAAAAUUUGAAAUUGAAGGAGCAAACACUGCUUGAAUUGAAGAAUGAAAAGGUGGCAGUUGAAGUUGCACUAGCAGCAGCAGGAAGGGAGAAGACAGAAGUUGACAUGGCUGUUAGCAAGCUGAAGGAUGACUUUGCUCGAAUAACUACAAGCUACCAGGUAAUGAAAGCAGAACUUAGAGAGAAAGAGAAACAAAUUACAAAUUUGAAAGCAGACAUAAAUGAAGUCCAAAGGGAGAAUAAGAGUCACAUAGAGAAAAUGAAUGAACUUGAGAAAUUUGAAGAGGCAUACAAAAGAUUGCAGAGCAGAAUAUCACAAACACAGGCACUGGAACAGCAGACAGAGGACAUGUCAAAAGCUAACAUGGAGCUAAAGUUAAAAGUAAAUGAGUUAAAAGAAGCACACAGUUAUGUUAAACAGCAGAUGUCAGUGAUGAGGGAGACCAUAGCAGUGCGUGAAGAGCAACUUCUGAACCAAACUCACAUUUUUGAAGUGCACAGUGAAGAACUAAAAGCCAAAGAACAGUCUCUGGCUGAGUUAGGUAAUGAAAAGGCUGCUCAUGAGGAACAUGUUAGGAGGCUCCAGGCAAAGAUUCAAGAGCUGGUGACUCAAAAUGAGAAACUAGAAGCCGAAACAGCCUCUGUCCAGAAACAACUAUCGAGUGCCAGUAGUGCCAUUGAACAGUUCAAUCUGCUGUGCAGGAGGUCUGAGGAAGAGAAGAGUCUGCUCAAGAAGCAAAUAAAGAAAAUGGUAGAGGAACAUGGGGCUCCUAGAACUCCCCAAAAUGUAGCUGCAGAAAGUGCAUGUCCAUCUCCUGAAAUGUUACGAGCUAUCCAAAAGCCCUUAUCUUCACAUGAAAAUGGAUGCAUUCAGACCAAGUUGUGUGAUUUGUAUGGACUGCUGCAGAAUAUUGAGUCCAAAUUAACUUCACUAUUGUCAGAAGGAUGUGACACACAGGAGAAGGACUUCCAGAAACAACAAGUAAAUAUAACACCCAUUAACAGUGUAAAUGAAUUUGAUUCAUUUGAGUCAGUGCUUAUAAAUAUAAGCGAUUCUAUAAGUAAGGUUCUGGAAUGGCGAGACAAACUCGUGAUGGAAAUGGAAACAGAGAAACAGUCAAAUGAAGCACUUAGAAAUGAACUUUCUGAUUUGAAACAAGGGACUGGGGUAAACAUCCUCAAUGGGGAAAAACUAAACAAGGUAUCAUAUGAUGCUCAGGCAGAGAAAGUAAACACUGAAAGCAUUGGUUCCCAGACUGUGAAUAAUGACAUCUUGAAUUACAAAGAACAGAUUGAUGCAUUCCAGAAAGAAAUCACCAAAUUAAAGGGCUGUCUGAAAAUGAGCGAUAUUGAGCAUUGUGAGAGACGUCAUAAAUACGAGUCCAAUGUUCGAACACUGUUAAAGAAAGUAAAGGAGCACAUGCGAGGAAGGAAACGUAUGGAGCAGGCACUGGAAGAACUUCGUGGAAAGACUGAGGAGAAUAUGGAAUUGUUUACCCUAAAUUGUGAAUUGAGCAAACUGCAAGCAGAAUUGGAGGUUAGUAAGAAGAGUUGUGAAGAGCAGAAAAGAAUUGCAAAUAGAAACCAGGAAGCACUGUUGGUACUGGAGAAGGAACAAGGCAAACUUGCCCAGAGUUGCAGCAUUUCAAGGGAGAAGUUGCCUGCAGAACCAGAGAGCGAGGAAGUGGCUUUCAGUAAUGAGUUUGACCAGAAGGCUCGGGAGCUACAGUUACUUCAGACCCAGGGCAGGAUUACUGAACUAGAGGAGGAAGUUCGGAAGUCUCACAUUAUCAUCAAAGAGCUACGGAAAGAGAUCUUUACUGAGAAGUGUGAGACUUCACAGUUGAGAAAGCAGUUGGCUAGCGUGCAGAUGGGACUGGAAACAGCCAAUGACAUGCUGGAUACAAAAAAGGUAGAUCUUGGCCGGACAGAAUCCCUGUGCUGUGUGCUACGAACUAACAUCUCUCACCUUAAGAAGCAACUGGAAACAGAGCAACAAGCGCAUGAAGAAUGUAAGCUGGAAGUUGAAAAACUGCGUGAAGACUUGGAGGAGACAAGAGCAAAGGACCCAGUUCUGGCUGAUCAGAUCAAGAUGCUGAGCUACCAUUUGCACCAGAAAUCACAGGAAGCAGCUGGCCUAGAAGAUAAAAUAAAAUUGUCAGAAGAACGAUGGCUGUCAACUGAGACUGGCUUGCAGCAAAGCAUGAGUGCCUUACAGGAUGAACUUAACUCACUGCGUGUGGAGCUCGACUUAGUCCGCAGCGAUAAGUUCAUGUCGCAGACUCAGGUAGCAGAGUUAAGAGCAGCCCUUCAUUCCAGUGUCGAGCAAAACAAGGUACUGCGACUAAAGUUGGAGACUUUUGGCUGUGAGAACAAAGACAGGCUUCCAGAUUUGACAUCAAGUCUUCCACUGGCACCAUUGAAAUAUGAUGAGACCCAGAUUGCCGAAUUAUUGCAUCAGAGUACUGUACUGCCACACAAUAAGCCUUUAAGUAAUUUGCAGUCUUGUCUGGACUUACUUAAACAGGAAAUGGCAACACUGCAGAGGCAAUUAUCUGCUAAAACUUCAGUUAGAGAUCAGAUAGACAGCAAAACUGAACACUCAGUUGUGAAAAAUGUAUAAGUGUGGAAUAUGUUACUGAUGUAGUAAAGCAUGAACACAUCCGAUAUUGUUAUUUAAAAUUAGGUAUUAUGGUAUUAUGAAUGUAAAGAAAGUCUUCCUUACUUUUUGAAGUCAGUCAUCCAAAAAUUACAGAUUUUUAUGUAACAGUUAUAUGAACAGUGUUAUACCAAAAGUUGAACAAAAUUGUGGGUGACAGUUCCAUAGUAGCACUGCUUGUCACAUAGCAGAAACUAAAUCAAUUAAAAAAAAAAUUGUUGAUGAUGUUAAUAUUGCAGUGCUUGAGUGGAAGCAGUCUUUUAUCUCUUUCUCUGUGUGACAAGGAGUCCGUCAUCUGCCAUCUUGUUUUAAUCCAUUUAUAUUAACUGUAUUUUUUAAGGAAUUCCAGAACAUCUCCAGAUAGUUAUCAGAACUCUCAGAAGCAUUGGCAGAUUUUUAAGACUGUAGUAGGACAUUGUUACAGCUGUUUAUGGCUGCAUGUGAGCAUUUCACCUUUUCAAAUUGGGACUGACGGAUAGACCUAUUUGUGAAAUGUGCCACACACAUCCUAUGUGAUUGUGAGGCCAUACCUUAGUUAGUUAUUGGAGAGGGUGGGUUUCCCCAUGCACU